AUGAUCCUCCCCGGCCGCUCACUCAUCACCUCCAUCAUCCGCAACGUGCAACACCCCAAACUCCAAGUCCAACCGUGUGGGGUAGACCUCACCUUAAAACGCGUUCUGAAAUGGACCUCACCCAGCAUAAUCGACUUGGAUAACCAGCACCGACAGACCGCUGCAACAGAAGAGAUACCCUUCACAGCUCACGACGGGGCUAAAGAGCCAUAUUUGGAUCUCGCGAAGGGCUCCUACCUCGUGGAGUUCAACGAGACUGUCUCCGUCCCUCUAGAUGCGAUGGGCCAGAUCUUUGUGCGCAGCUCGUUAUUCAGGUCUGGGGUGCUUUUACAUGCCGGUGUGAUGGAUAGUGGAUAUGAAGGCGCUGUUGGGGCGUUGAUGCAGGUGGUUAAUUUUGCUGGGUUGCGAGUUUAUCCUUCUGCCCGGCUGGCGCAGUUUGUCUUUCACCGGAUGACGGAAGAGGUUGAGGGGUACAAGGGGGUUUAUCAGGGUACUACGGCUUUGGGGUAG